CAUCACAACACUGCAGCUUUUACUGCUGUUCACAAGGUGCAUACUUGUAGAAUGGACGCAGCGGUUCGUCCCGUCAUGCCCGGCCCAGACCCGUUGAGCAGAUCGGAAGGAAAUGAUACGCAUCCAUUCGCUGUUUCGGGACCUUCAGGCUCCCAGCCGCGGCCAACUGAGCCCAUCGACGGCCUCGGCUCAGAGGGCAGACCCAGUUCUUCAGCUUACACUUUGCCUCGUUUAGCUAGCGUUCGCGUAUCUAAUAAUUCGCGCGCGGCUGACAGCCCGGAGCCUGAGCGCUGGGGCUCGCAACGCGUGUCCGCAGGUGUGCUCGCUCCAGGUGCUGUUGGAAUACCACCGGGCUCAGCAACACGUCAAAGCAGUGAUAGCUCGUUGGAGUUCAAUGCGGACGCUUUAGCCGACCAGGAAACGGUGGUCUUGACGCCCUCUCGCCUGCGGCUCGACUCCCGCGUUGUGCUGGCUCACGCCACGCUGAGCUGGCUGGCAAACGCUGUGUGGGCGGUUUUCAUCUGGAUGAAGCUGGACGGCGGUCUGCGGCGCUGGAGCUGGUGGGGCGUGUUCUCUCCCACCCUGGCCGGACACGCGCUGCUGCUGCCGCUCAACGUCACGGUGCUGAUGUCGGCGCACUACAUGGUGUUCAAGCAGAUCGGGCCGCCGCCGCCGCUGACCGCCAGCCCGGGCCUGGUGCUGCAGUACGCGCUGCUGCGGCACACGCGGCUGCGGUCGCACCGGGUGGACUGGGCCAACAGCUGCCUGGAGGGCGCGGCGCUGUGCAUUGUCAAGAUCCUGUUCUGCAACGCGCUGCAGCGGGGUGUGCUGGCCAGCACCUCGCUGCGACUCAUGUUCACACCCAUCUGGGCUGUGUGGGUAGCCACUGUGGUGCUGCUGUGCUUCAAGGACCGCACCGAGCGCAUGUUCGGGUCCAGCCGCGACCUGCUGUUCAUAUUCCUGCUCUUCGUGGCGUUCAAGGUUGACAACCAGAGCACCUACUCGUGGCGGGUGGUGUUCCUGGUGCCGUGGAUGUGGUUCAGCGGGCUGCUGCUGGUGGCGGCCAUGGUGCUCAUGCUGCUGCUGUUCGCAAAGGCCUGGGCCAGGCCUCGCGAGCUGCUGCUGCCCAUCGGCUUCGUGUGCCUGCUGGUGUCCACACUGCCGCAGUUCUUCUCCUACAUAGCGCUGGUGCGCCGGCUGGACGGAGACACAGGCACCAGCGUGGCGUCCAUCAUGUGGCCCAACGCGCUGUCCUGGCUGCUGAUGUGGAGCUCGGCCGGGCUGGUGGCGGCGGCCCUGCGCGGCAAGGAGCGCGUGCGCGACCAGCUGCUGGCGCGCGGGGCGGUGUGGACGGCGCACGAGGCGGUGGCGCGCAGGCUGCACGCCGAGCGCGACGAGGCCCAGCGGCGUGUGGACGAGCUGAGUGAGGAGCAGGUGGCGGCGCUGGUGGAGGCCAUGAUGGCGGGCAAGGCCAAGCCGGGCCGGCUGCGGCGGGUGGGCGCCACGCUGUACAAGCGCGUGGCGGACCUGGAGCCCGCGCUGGACAGGGCGGCAGCCGCGCAGCAGCAGCUGCAGCAGCUGCGGUCGCAGUCGGGGGCGGGGGCGGGGGCCAGGGGGCUGCAGCAGCAGGGUGCUGGAGGAGUGGGCGGGCCCGAGGGCGGGCAGGGGCAGGGGCAGGGGCAGGGGCAGGGCAUGGCGGUGGAGCUGCUGCGCUCCGCCAGCGCCAUGGCGGCCCUGGGCAGGGGCCGGGCGGGAGGAGGAGGAGGAGGAGGCAUAGGGGCGGGCACAGCGGCUGGAGGCGAGGCGGCGGGCGGCGGCAGCGGCGACAGCGGGGCGGGCGCGGUGCUGCUGCAGCCGCUGGGCGGCGGUGCGGGCGGUGGUGGUGGCGGGCUGACGGGCCUGCUGAUGAUGAAGAACAACCGGGUGGUGCCGCUGCCGCUGCCUGCGUCGCACGUGGAGCCGCCGCCCACCGCCAGCGCCGGGUCAGGCGCGGCGGGCAGUGCGGUGGGGCUGCGGCAGCCCCUGCUGGCGGCGGGCACGGCCACCAGCAGCUCAGGCCGGGGCGCAGCUGGGGACAGCGCCGACGUGGAGAGCAGCCUGGGGGGCUCGUUCCGCAUCGGCACGCAGGUGGCGCCCGAUGACCCGGGCGCAGGCCAGGCGGGGCCGCUGCAGCAGGAGGGGUCAGCGGCGGGUGCGGCUGCCGCCGGCCAGGCUCAACCCAGCGGGGCGGUGGCGGGCCCGGGGCCGCGGCCGCCCCUGCCGCCCCGGGCACCGGCAGGGACCUCCGCUGUGGCAGCCGGCACGGCCAGCACUGGCGCCGGCGCCGGCACCGCCAACGGCGCCAGCUCGGCGGCGGGGCCGCGCGGCGCCCGGCGGCGCCCCACCAGUGCGCCGCACCCAGCCGCCAGCCGGGCCGCGGCUGCCUCGGCGGCCGCCGGCGCGGCUGCGGGCGGCGGCCACGGGCAGGGACUGGGGCGGCAGGUGCUGGUGCCAGGCAGUGCGGAGUGGCGGGCGGCGGUGGCGGCCAUGCAGCAGCAGGCGGCGGGCCCGGGGGCGGCAGGGGCCGGAGGGCGGGGCGGCGGCAGUGCGGGGCCUGCAGGCGGCCGCCCGGGGGGCGGCAGCACCAGCGGCGCUGCGGGGUCGGUGGGGUCGGUGGGGGCAGGCGGCGACUCGCUGCUGUCACGGCUGGGGGCGGUCAUGGGCAUGGGCGGGGCGCCGUCCUUGGCGCCGGACCUGGCGCCGCACACCGCCGCUGCCGCCCUCGCCGCCCCGCACCACGCCUCGCCCGCGUCGCGCCAACAGCCGCUGGCGCAGCCCACGGCUCAGGUGGGCGGCCGCAGCCCGGCGGCGCUGGAACCGGAGGCCGGCAGCGGCGGCAGCGCAACGCAGACUGGGGGCGGGGCCAAUGAGGCGGGGGUUUCGGCAGCCGUUGCCCAGAGUCCGCGCGGCGGCACCACGUGGCGGGCAGAGGCCGGCGGUGCGGCGGCAGGGCAGGGCGGCAGCGGCGGCUCUGUGGCCGGGGCCGCCGACACAGCGGCUGGCGGCGGCGAGGAGAGCGCUGCGGGUGGGCCGCUACCAGCAGCAGGAGCAGGGACAGGGGCAGCGGGUGACGGGGUCCUCCCGGAUGGGGCAGUCAGCACCAGUGGCUCCGGCGGCGGCGCGCCCGGCCGGGAUGUUGCGGCUGUGGGCACUGCCUUGCAGCAGGAUGGGCCGCCGGACGAGCCGCCGCCGCAGCAGCAGGGGCAGGGGCAGCAGGGGCAGGGGCAGCAGCAGGGCGGGGAGGAGGAUGACGAGGACGCCUGCUGCGUCAUCUGCUAUGACGGCGCCGCCACCUGCGUGUUCCUGGAGUGCGGCCACGGCGGCUUCUGCCGGCGCUGUGCGCACCUGUUGUUUGUGCGGCCGCCCAACGAGUGCCCCACCUGCCGCGCACUCAUCGAGCAGGUGGUGGAGAUCGAGGCGGCGGCGCCAGUGGGCGCAGUGGCGGUGGUCAAGUAGGGGACGGGGAGGGGAGGAGGCUCGUAGGCGCAGGAGCAGGCAGGCUUGUGGAAGCUUCGGGGCGGCAGGGCCACGUGGCUGCAAUGCGAUAUGGGCCUGUGUUGAAAAGACGGGCGCUGUGAGCGACGCAACCCAGUGAUAUUCAUUGCAGCGGGUGCUGCUGCAUGACGGUAUGGCGUGCGCUGGUGUGGGGCUGCGGGCGUUCAUGUGGUUUACGUCAGGUGGCGGGUGCAUCGGGUUAUCAAAUAUGGCAUUCCCCAGAAUGCACAGGAAACAGACAUACCAUACGGUACGUUCCUCAAGUGACGUGCGACCCGCGUGCUUAUGCGAUGUAUGUGAUGUACACGAUUCAUGUGAUGUGCUUGGUGCUGGUGGCCCGUUUUCCAGUGUAAAGCACUGUCAGCACCGCAAGGUGUCAAGGCCCUGGCGGCGGGGGCGAGGGUCGAGUUGUGUUGACAGUUUUAGUGCAACCGAUUGCGUUGCGAAGAGGGCGGCGCCGUGUGCUUGGCGGCCAUGGUCAGACGGGCCGCUACUGGCACUGGUGACGCGACAACGCUUCAGAGUGUACGGUGUAACACCAAGGCAACUAAGCACAUGCUGUAAGCCUAUGAAGCU